AUGCGCGCAACACAGUCCCUCCCGUUCAAGAGCUUCUGGAACCGGAGUCUUGACGAGCUCUCGCGGUUGACCAACAUCGUUGUCAAAUCCGAGAACAUCAAAGGCGCCUCGGGGCCACGCGAGAUCCACAACUUUCAGACGCCCGAGUCAGUCGUAGACUGCAAGCUCCUCUCCGACGCCGAUGUGGGCGGUGCCUCGACCGCCCAUCUCGACUGGGUUCCCCCGGCCAACUAUAUCCCCACUCCCGGUGGCGACGAGUCCCGAAAACCGUACACCCCGAUCCCCGGCAGCUAUGCGCGCUUCCACGGCACCAUCUCCUUAGAGCUGCCGACAGACCGGCGGGAGAUUUCGCGGACAGGCUACGCCGGCUUCCGGACGUUGGACCGCCCUCCCACCAUCUUCGGCCGCGGCGUGUGGGACAUCGACCCGUAUGCCUACCUCGCGAUGCGCGUCAAGACGGACGCGCGCAGUUACUUUGUCAACGUGCGGACCGAGUCGGUCGUGCCGCUUGACUUGCACCAGCACCGCCUGUUCGUCAAGAAGCCGGGGCAAUGGCAGACGGUGUUGAUCAAGUGGAACGAUUUCGUGCGCACCAACCACGGCAAGGUCAUCGAGCCGCAGACGGGAAUGCUAAGGCAGAAGGUUCUCUCGAUCGGGUUCUCAACUACGGACAGGAAGCCGGGCCCGUACGAGCUCUGCGUGGAGAGGUUAUGGGCGACUAAUGACUUUGAGGAGGCGGGAGUUGUGGAAGCGGAUGUCGAGGAGACUCAGCUUAAGAAUAAGCAUGGCGAGAAGGUCAAGGUUACGUGGGGACCUUUGGAGCAGGAAUGA